AUGACUUUACAAGAUGAAGUGAACUCAUUUACAGAAAUGAGAUACCCACCGGCGCUGGAGAUCAUUGUGAAUAACGCUUCAGUGCUAUACAAGCGGAAGAAGUACUUCUUGGAAGAUAUACGACGAAUAUGCCAUGUAAUGGGGUUUGUUAUCAUAGCCAUCGUGUACCUUCGAGAUCUUUCAUUCUUGAGGUUUGUGGUGCGGGCGCUCACACAGUAUUUCAUAUCUAACCCUUACUCCAAAAUGAACGAACGGAUGGUAAUCCCCGAUGAAAUCAAAAGAAUUCGUGCCAAGGCCCUUCUUAUCGGAAUCUUAGGGUCCAACACAUUUUGCAUUCUUACACAUUUGCUCUUUGGUGUGUACACCAAGAGUCCAUCCGACCGUGACAUCGUUACUGGUGGUACUGGAGGUGCUGCUGGGUAUCUUUAUGGUAGUAUGACCGUGCAAUUCAUUGGAGAAAGUCUCCCAUUUUCAAGAUUUGAGUUGAUCUUGAUGGACUUGGUUAUUUUACUCAUUCAAGUGACAUACCAUAGUCUUAUGUGUGUCAUUGAUGUGAGUAGUGUUUUGGAGCCCAAAAGGGACUUGUUAGAUGAAGGCAAUGCUAGCUAUGAAGCUGAUGGAUACGGUGGUAAUGUUGAUCUUGUAGACAUUGAUGUUAUUGCAAAUGUUCGUUUAGUGCUAGGAUAUUCCGACAGAGCAGAGAUGCCUCCUCAAUUAGUCGAAUUUUGGUGGGGUAGACAAGGUCGUCAACAAAGAGAAUCUGGUGAAGUACUCGGAACCAAUACCCCUGCUGCCCCUCAACGUAUCCCGGGCUCAUUCCCCACGUCAAGCGUGUUUGUAUGA